GCACCACAAAGAAAAAACAUCUAGAAACAAAAUAUUUUUAUCACGUUUUGACAUGACAGACGAUUGAAAUUUUAAGUUUUAAUUUCAUAUUAAUAUUAAAAUUGAUAUAAAAAGUGUAAAAUCGAAAUGAGUGCACCAUUCUACAGCUAUGAUCCAUGCGUGUGCACAGGGCAGCCUUGCGGCGCUUGUUACCCCUACAGUACAAAGCCAUGUGUAGCAUCUUGUAAUGAUCUGAGGCCGUGUUCUGUGUGUCCUGGUGGUGGAUGUUCUCCGUGUCCUGCUCCUGUUCGGCCAUGUCCCACUCCAUGUCCACCAUGUCCAGUCCUACCUUGUCUUCCGCCAUGCCCUCCGUGCGAUAAGCCAAUGACUCCAGUGCCGAAGCCGGUGCCUCUUUGUGAGACAGUGGCGAUUCCUUGCUGUCGACCGAACAGGUGUAAGCCAUGCCCUUGCUACUGCUGUACAGAGCCUGGAAUAUGUUGUCCCAAAAGAUGCAGCUACCCAGGAGUACCCGUCUGCGGCUGUGGAUGCUGUGGACCAUGCAUGCCCGUUUGGUAAUGGAGCUAAAAAACCGUGUGUGAACCUUGUCGUGUAAGAAUACAACAUGUUU